AUGAACGUGUUGGCGAUCAUUUUUAUAGCGACUGCAGUGAUCACCGUUUUUGGUCAAUUAAAUUUCCAAUCGAAGCUAUGGGUCACGAAAAUCUUGUCUAAUACAUUAGACGAAUAUACACCUGACGGAGGAAUAAUAUGCAGGCGCCAUGGACUAGAAUACCGAGAUGGAUUGAAAAAUCUUAAAUUGUGGGCGACUCAAAGUAAGCGCAAAGUAACCUAAAAAUUCAUUAAAAAAAAAAAAAAAAAAAAAAAAUGGUAAAUAUAUAUUGUAUGUAAUGGUAUGUAUGUAAACAUUUGUUAGAGAUUGUUAGUUUUUUUCCCCAAUAUGACUUACAAGUUACAACUUUAUAUUAUGUACUUAAAAAUACUUCAAAUCAUGAAGUGUUAUACGCCAUUUUAAAUGAUAAUGGCCAUUAAAAUCAUUUUAAUUUUCUAUUGAAUUUAAAAAUAUAUUCAAUUUCCGUUGUUCUAUUCCAACCCCAACCCCUAUAGGCUAUAACACACAUCAAAAUGAAAAAUUAAAAAUAUUUUUCAUAUAUACAAAUAUAGUUAAAUAUUACCGAAUUGAAAUUGACUAAGAAUAAACUAAUAUGUAUUAAAACUGAUUUGUCUUUUAUUUUCAGUGUAUGAUUCAUCAUCUAAAUUUCCUACGGGAAUCUUAGUGGGAAGAUCUUUUGAUUUUGGAAAUUUCGAUGAAUGUUUAAAAACUACGACAAUUGGCUUGGAAUUCAAACCUCAAUAUUGUAUUAUAAACGUUCGGUUUUCUCCUACUACAAAAUUAUAUCCAAAUUAUUACAAUAUUACUCCUUCUAAUCUAAAUCCAACUGACUCUGUGUGGGAGGCUACAAAAGUAAUAAUUUACCUAUAUAUGUAAACAUAUAUAUAUAAUUAUUGUUUCAACAUUUAUAUUCAAUCUCAAUAACUGUAAAAUUCCAAGAAAAUAUGUGGAUGCAUUUAUUAAGCUCAGCUUGAAAAAAAAAAUCCUCGAUAAAAAAUAUAGCCAUACAAUAAUUAUUAAUUAUAAUACACGUAAUAACAUAACAUAACGAAUAACAUAACAUUUUACCAAGAAAUUGAACAUUCAUACAUUUGGCUUUGAGUAGGAGUUACCCGUUUCCACCAAAAAUGUACCAAUCUUUUUUUCAGCAAAUUCUUUUUUUCGACAAAUCAUAAAAGUAGUCGAUUCCUUGUUCCGCCAAAACCAUGCCUUUCUCUUUUCAGCAAAAUAAAAAAAAUGUAGUCUUAUAUUUGAAUAUUAAUGGAAGAUUGUAUCAUAAAUAAUUAUUAUUGUAUUAUAAAACAAAAUAAUAAUAAUAAUAACAAUAAAUAAUUCAAAUAAGUUUCAACUUAUACAAUAAUAAAAAGUGAUUAUAUUUUUAAUAUUUCUUGUGUGAAAAAUUGUGCUAAGAUAAUCGUUAUAAAUAUUAACAACUAUUUUUAUCAUACAUAAAUAGAAAAAACUUUAUGAUUUUUAAUUUAUUUUUUUAACUUAUUCAUAAUUUUAAUGUACACAAUUGUCCAUUUAAAUUCAAAUAUUAAACUAAUUUUUUUAAUUUAGUUGAAAGAAACGAUUUCAGUGGAAAGGUAAUUGACCAAUUUUAUGAUUUGGCGGAAACGGGAAUCGGCGGAAAAGAAAAAAGUACAUUUUUAGCGGAAACCAGCCAUACCUCUUCAAGUAUCUAUAUAAUAUAAUGUUACAGGUAAAGUAGGAAAACGGGUAUUGUUGUACGAUACCUAAACAUUGCGAAUAAAAACCAAUUUUCGAAAUAAAAGGGAAGUUUACAUUGCCCAGAUGUUGUGUACAGUGUCCAAAUCCAAUUGGGCUAAGGCGAUAAAAUGUUUAAAAUUUAAAUUUGUAUUGAUAAUUAAUUUGUUUGUAUUUAUAUGUCUAUAUAUGUAAACCAUUCAGCAAUGUUUAAUCAGUAACCUGAUGAUAACGUGUAGCCAAAACUUAAUAGAUACAAAAUAUUUUUUUUAUACUUCUAAAUCAUAAUUUAAAUUUUUAAACGAUUUAUUUUUCUUAUAAAUUGAAUGACACAACGAUCCUCCUAUUUUAUUAAACAUAAAACUAAGUAUUCCUUCAUCAUGUAGCUGUAAGUUUAUUUUUACAAAUUAUAAGUACAUAAUAUCAGACAAUAAUAUCUAGUGAAAAGAUUCAAAAUUAACGCAUAUGUUUAUUUAUUACUACAUUUUUAAAUAGUAUUAUCAUGAAUAAUCAAAUAUAUACCUAAAAAUGGUAAAUUAAAAAAUAUAACAUGUUCUUGAAACUACAAAAUCACUUAAUAGGUUUUGCAAAAAGAUGCAAUCAAAACUUUGAUACGUUUUUCGUUCCUUCGGUUUCUAACUUACUUAGCAAUAAAUCGCCUAUAAAAAACAUGAAAUGUUCUGAACCCUACUAAUGACUUUUUUUUUUUGAUCAUCGGUCUUUUCUCAUCUAAUCUAAGUAUUUAAGUUCUAGUUACGCCACUGCACAUAUUCACUAACAAAUUUACGACUCCAAACAAAUUCUUAAAUCUCUAUGAGACUUUUUUCUGAGUUAAAUAUAAUAGGUAUAUACAUAUGUUUACAAGAGUAUCUAACAGGUACAAAGUACAUACAUCACUGAUUUAUGUUUUUAUUAUUUAAACUAUACACCUAAAAUCUAAUAAUAAUAAUUAUUACUAAAAAAAAAAUGUUUAACGGCCUAAAUUCAAUAUAGUUUAAAUGAUUUCUGUUUGCACCCAUAUUUAGUACGAUUCGAGUCCAAUGAAAAUACAACACAACGAAAUCAAUACAGCACUAUGUGUACCUUCUUCGUGUACCCAUUCAGAUCUACAGACUACAUUAUCACCGAAAAUUACAUCAAUGUUUCAUAAUUAUCAACUUAAUGCUACCGUUACAGUUAAUGCAGCUUAUUGCACUAUGCAACAGGAACUGAAACCAACAAAAUUAAUGGGAUAUCAAAUAUUUUGGUAAAAAUAAAUUAUAAAUAAUAAAAUAAUAAAGUAAAAACAAGAUUAUAUUUUGUUUUUAUUUUCAAUAUGUACCCUAUUAUUAGAUUAAAAGUACCUACUUAAAUUUUAGUAAUAAUAAUCAAGGUACAUACAUUUUUUAUCUAUAUACAUUUUAUAGGACUAAUAGAAAAUGUUUUAAAACUACUAUUACUCGCUCGGACGAUUUAAAUCGAAAAAUAUUCUUCGAUUUGUUGUGCAAACUUUUCAACCAGAAAUCUUGCUUUCGUGUAUCAAGUGUAACUUAUUUUCUGAAAGGAAAUUUUAUCUCCAUGGUUAAGGGAAGUCAUGUUUGUGAUUUUUCAAUCGGUUUUUAUAAUAACUGGGAAAAACCGGGAUGAAAUAUUGGAAAAACAGAAAAUGUACGAAACAUAGGUAUUAGUAAAAAAUUAUUACGGCCUCUUUUUUCUGUGUACAACUUUUCUACCAGCAAGUUUGCUCCGAUUUACAAUGAUAGCACUUUUCUGAAAGUAAAUCUGACUGGGAAGGUACUUUAGAGAGGUCAUUUUUCGAUUUUGUCAAGAGUUUUCUUAGCAAAUUUGAUAAUCCGGGAAAAAACAUGGGAAAACCAGGAAAAACGGGAAAAUCGAUACAAUAUUAAAGAAAUAUUAUUAAAGAAAAUAUAUAAUGCCUAUUUAAUUAUUUUACCGUAAUAUGAAAUAUAUAUAUAUGUAUUGUUGAAAAAACAUCAUUAUCAACUGAAAUAAUCUCAGAAUCGCUUUUUCGUUAACAAUGGUUUAUCGUUGCUUGCAGAUAUACAUUAAAUUACCUAUAACAGUGGCUGCACCCGUUUCCAUUAUCCUAGAACAUCUUUGUUUGAAAAUUUAACAGGAAGUUCUAUAUAAGUCAUACUUUGUGGUAAAAAAAAAUUGAAUGUUAUGUAGAAUUUUUUGUAAUAUCAAAUUUUAAUAAAAAUCGUAAAUAGUACGGCCUUUUAAAACAUGUGUAUAACCGAAGUCCAUUCAGAAUUGUUUAUCGUUACCAAAGAUUAAUCAUCGUGUUCACUGUACAGAUAUACACAAUAUUCCCUUGUAUAUCCUAUACCUUCCCAAUUUCUCACAUACAACAUUGACCCACCUAUUUUGCGAAUUAUGUCCAUAUUUUUUUUAUUUUUCAUUGACUAUUAAAUAAAGUAAUUUUGAAUGCACAAGAAUAUUAUGAUUUGUUUUUGUCUGUAUAUGUAUUAAAAAAUCAAUAAUCAUAUAUAUAUUUUUAAUAGGGGUGUUUUGUUACUUAUUAUGUCAAUAACUUUAAUUGGAUCAUUGUAUGACAUAUAUACUAAAGAAGAAAAUCGAUCUGGCCAUAGUGAGUUGAAAGUUUUAAACACAAAAUUCAAUAACAUUAAAUAAUAUGUAAUUUGUAUUUCUAAUGCACCUAACAUACAAAAUUAACUAAUCUAUUCAAUAUAACCUACCUAUUCUAUUUAGAAUCGUUUUUCAUAACAUUUUCAUUUCCGGCAAAUGUUAAACGGUUAUUUGUGUCCAGUAACAAAACUGAAAACCUUUCUUGCAUUGACAUUUUAAAGACUCAUGCGUGCGUCCUCGUCAUAGUCGGUCAAAGAAUGAUGUAUACUGCCGGCCAACCGUUAAAAAAUUCUAAAAAAGUCGAAGAGGUGAUCAAAUCAAUAUACUGUAUAAUUUAUAAUUGUUAAUAGAUAAUUGAUAAUAUUCGUGUCUUUUUAGGUAGCUUUACAUUUAUUAUACGCGAUGAUUCGUAAUGGAUCAUUAGUUGUUGAUUUUUUCUUUGUUAUCAGCGGUUUCUUGACUUUUCAUUUUCUUUAUGAUGAACUAGUCAACACUAAAAGAAUAAAUGUCCCGUUACUUUUGUUAUGGAGAUGGUUAAGGUAAAACCACGACAAAUAGAUCAUAAUAAAUACUUACUACCUAUAUACCUAGUCUAAGUGUAUAUAACAUAACUACAUUCAUAAUUAUACUGUAUAUAGUUAUUUUAAUUGAUAUUUUAUUAAUGUUGUAUCUAAUAUAUAAUACCUUGUCAAAUGAAUUAUCGCAGUCAUUUGUAUAGGCAAAAAUUAUUAUUGAUUUUUAGAUUAAUGCCCGUGUAUGGUUUGAUGAUAGCAUUCCACGCAUUCGUGUUAUUACACCUGGCAGAUGGUCCAUUAUGGAAAAGCAUAGCUUUCCAAGAAUCGUACAAUUGUCGACAAUAUUGGUGGAGUAACUUACUAUUCAUAAACAACUACGUCAACGCCAACCGACCAGUAUGUGAAAUCAUCGAAUGUCCUAAUUAAAAAAAUAUAAACCCGUAUAGGUAUAUAUUUUGUAUUUUAAAUAAUAUUUCAGUGUAUUAUUCAAUCGUGGUAUUUGGCGUGUGACAUGCAAUUUUUCGUUGCGGGUAUUAUACUUGUUUUUUUCGUGUGGAAAUACCAAAAAUACGGAGUGUACCUAAUGUGGAUUACGAUAUUUGUAUCCGGUUUAAUUCCGGCCCUCAUCGUAUACGCUCAUCAGUUUUAUCCAACAUUUAUGGAUUCUAUUUCGUAAGUAUAACCGUACGAUUUCGACAUUUUUCUAAAAUUGAUUUACUUAUGAAAAGUCGAUUUAAGAAAUUGAGUUCCUGUGAUAAACAGGAAUAUUAUAUGUGAUAAACUUGUACCGGUAAAUAAUUAAAAAUAAACCAAUAAACUAAUAUAGAAUUACUGUUGAAUUUUUUCUUGUAAACUAAACAUUUUACAAUUCAUUAUUUUAUGACGUGUUUAUAGUCUUAUAAAGCAGUAAAUAAUAUUAGUAUAUUAUAUUAUAUAUAGUAUAUGUAAAUGUUGUAGGAAAGUUCACACAUCACUUUCAUAUAUACUUAGCUGGUAUCUAUCCCGGACCGUAGCUAGACUGCUGGACGUAGCAGACUCGGGAGAGGUUUUAAAUUAAAUCAACCAUUGUUUUUGUUUUAAACAUAAUUAACAUUUAUAUUUAAAAUAAUAAACAUUACCUUAGAAAAAAUUAAGAUGAAAUUUCACCCCUUGUGCCCAACUACUAUUAUUUACCAGCUACCUAUAUAUUUGAAAACAGUUAAAUUAUAAUUAAUACAGAUGGAAUUUAUUCAAGGAAUACCCUUUUUAAAAUUAAAAAUAUUUUAUGCUUAUUAUAGACAUAGAUAUCGAAAAAAAAAAUAUAUAAUUUACUAUUUAAUUCGUACGUUAUUACAGGAUGUUAAAUUAUCUACCCGAUCACCAAAGUUACACCGUAUUAUACGUGCCUAGCCAUACAAGGUCAACGCCAUACUUUGUGGGUAUAUUUGCAGCGUACGUUUACCGAUAUUUGAAGCUGGAUAUGCCAAAGUUUCGAUUUCCAUAUUCGAAGACUUUACUAACGAUACUUAUCACAGUAUAUCCAUUAGUACUGAUGACUAUCUAUGUGUUUUAUAUUCGAGAAUACGAUUUAUGGUUAAGCGUUAUUUAUACGUUCAUGUUCCGUACUGUAUUUUCGACCAUUGUCUCUAUGUUCAUAAUUAUAUGCGCUAUAAAUGGAUUUUUCAAAGGUAAAAUUCAAUUUAGUUCAAAAGUUUAAGUAUUAUAAUGGGUACCUGUCUAGUAAAUUUCUUAAAAUGUAUGGAAUAAUAUCAUCAAUGCCGUAGCCAGGAGGGAGUAAUAAAUAGGGCACGUGCCCCUGGCCCGGAGUAAUGUGGGCUAUAGGUAGGCAUGGCCCCACGGGACCCACGAGAAAUAGGGGCCCAUAAAGAAUAUAUUAUGCUAGAUUAUUGCUUUUUUUAACUCAUAUUAUGAGUUGAAUUAAAUAGUUGAGAACCUUUUUUUUUUUUUUAUUAGUUAUAUUCAAACAUACAAUACCUUGUUUCAAGAUUACGAUAAAUUAAGUGAUGAUCUUUUUUAUUAGUUAUUUAGAUUACUUUGAUGCAUUUAAUUAUUAAUGAUAACAACAUCUAACAUAUGGCAAUAAUAACGUAUUAAGUAAUAAAACAUAAGUAAUAAUAACAAAUUGUUGUGCCCCUCUUCUCGAAAUUUGAUUCUGACUACGGUAAUAGAUAAUAUGGAUUUUCCGUAGUUUAAAAAAAAAGAAAUAUUACUGAAAUUACGGAAAUAUUAUGACAGCAUUAAUGAACUUAUCAUUGCUAUCUUACUUAAUAAAUCAUAAAGUAAUAAUUAUUUUCCCCAUAAACUAUUCCCGCUGUACGUGUUUGCCCAUCUGUCUGUCACUCAGUCUACCUGAUGCUAAAAUACAUUUUUAAUUGAUAUAAAUAUUUUUUGAAAAUAAAUAAUAAUUAUAAAAUUUUGUUUUAUUUUUAACUAUAGGUUUAUGGUUACGCGUGUUCAUACCAUUAAGUAAAUUAACGUACGGAGCAUAUUUAGGUGGACUGUCAAUGCAAUUAUUGCAAGUAGCAUCAAUGCGAGCACCAACAUAUUUUAAUGACAGUCUUUUAGUAAGUACCUAUUGAAGAUAGAAGUUUUUAUUGACAAUUCGUUACAAAAUGAAUAUAAAUAUAAAUUAAUACCGUAUAUUAUAAUUUUUAAUAAUUAGUUUAAAUAAUGAAUAAAUUAGUCAUUAUAUGUGAGUACUUUUAUUUUUGUAGCUCUGGUUGGCAAUUGGAGAUACCGUGUUUGGAUUCAUAUUUGCAUUUUUGUUGUAUACUUUAAUUGAAUCACCGUUUGACACGUUAUUAAAACAAUUGGUCAUCAUUAUAAGUCCAAGUAAAAUAUACCUAUAUUAACAUUGUUAUAUACCAUGUAUAUGACCAUGAUAUACUUUUAUGAAAAAUUGAAUUAUAUAUAAUUUUCAUAAUUUUAUAUAAAUAACAGAGGCUGGUAAAUAUAUCUACAGUUCUUGUAUUUCUACAUUGCAUCUAAACAGUUAGAAUUAUUUAAUGGGUUUACACUAUUCACAGAUGGUAUAAAAAAUAUAAUAUUUUUGAUAAGUACCUAUAAUUUCCUAUACAAAAUAUAUAAAUUUAUACUAAAAUUUAAAUGCUGCACAUUCUCAACUUAAUAAACCUACCUAAUAUACAUAUUAAGAAAAAAAAACAAUUAAAAUUUCAAUUCUAUUCGUAAAAAUAAUUAUUUAUGUAUCUAUUAUUUAGUUAUUUGUUAUGACUUUUUUACGAGAAUACAUUGUGAUAUGAAGGUAUACUAAGUAUAAAUUUAUACCUAUUAUUUUAUAAUUUUACAGAACUAAAUUGCAGCAAUAAAAAAACAACAGAUCAUGCAAUUCCUGGAAAAAUAACUCUUAGAACACUCCGUUCUAACAGAUAAAAUGUGAAUGUCCUUAUAAAUAAGAGUAUGCAUUAAUUAGAUCCAUCAUAUUAUUAUUUAUUGUAAUUUGUAGUUGUAUCAUGUGUAAUCAGCGGUUGUCAAACGAGGGAGACGAUGAGGUUGAUAUAUUCUCACAUAUUGCUUUGUUUCAAAAUAUAUUAAAUUACUUAUAUGGUUUAUAAAUAAAUAAUAAUAUAAUUGCUAAACAAUUCUAAAAAAAAGCCUCAUCCUCCCAACAUUCUAAAAUCAUUUGACCACCACUGUACGUAAUAAUUAAUAAGUGUACCUACUAAAUUUAAAUUAAUUAUAAUUGUUAAGUAAUAAUAUUUCAAGUUCCAAUAAAAAUGUUUUCUAUGUACCUGUUAUUAUUUUUUGUUUUUAAUGAUUUCAACUUUAACAAAAAAUAUUAAUAAAAAUAAGAAUUUGAGGUUAUUAAAAUCAUAAGCUAAUUAUUAUUUUUAAAUUUUGAAAUAGCAAAUAAUUUUUUUUAAAUAUAUAUUAUGUACAUUUAUUAUGUAAAAUUAAUUCAUAGUUUUAGUAAUACACAUAUUAUGAUUGGUUUUUUAAAUUUUCAUUUUAUUAGUUAAAUUUUAUCAAAAAUAACAUUUGAAAUCAAAAUCACACAUUAAAAAAUAUUACAAGUAAGUAUUAAAUUAUAUUAUAAAUUCUGUGCAUAAGAUAUCUUAAGUUUUUAUGGCUAAUAUUUAACAAUAGUUUUGAAUAAAAUUAAAAAUUUAAUUUUGGUUUGCGAGAACUCAAAAAAUUUUAAGGGUACAUAUUCCAGUAGUAAUUUUGUGUUUACAAACAACUUUUCUUAGUUAUCAAAAAACUUAGGAAAACUAAAAAAAUCAAAAAAAAACCAAUAAGACAAAAUUUUCUUUCAAAAAAGAUGUUACUCCUGAAAAUCGGAGCAAGAUUUCGGGUAGAAAGUUGUUUACAGACAGAAAAACAAUUUGUAGACAAGAAAUAAGAAACACAAAGUUUUUUAAUUUAUAUUUGUACGAAAUGAUAAACCAUUGAUAACGAAAAACGAUUCUGAAUGAAAUCCGGUUAUAAGUACAUUUUUCGUAGUUUAUAGGAUUUCUAUCAAAAUGUAAAAGAGUUAAGAAAGACAAGUAACAUAUUAUGGCGUUCAACAUAUAACGAGAGACAGUUGAAGAGAAUGUAGGAUAAAUUGCAAAUACGUGAUUCUGUAUGAAGCAUACAAAACAUUAAAGGAAUCAUUAAGAUUAAGUUUAUAAGCAUGAACGGGUAGAAGAUGACCUAUCAUACGUAAGCGGUUAAAAUUUAAGAUGGAGAAUUUAGACAUAGAACAAGAUUAUUAAACCAAACAAAGUUCAAGAUUGUUUGAUCUGUAUGAAACGAUGAAUUUCUAGAAGAAAAAUUAGCAGAUUAAUUAUUUCUAUAGGCAAAUUAAGGAUAAGACACGUGGAAAUGAAUUCGUUAUUUUCGUAAAAUUUCCUAUUGUUAAGUUUUUUUCUGGUUUUCCCAGUUGUCAGGGAAACUGCAAGGAAAAUCAAGAAAUCCUCUCUUAUACACUAGUUAGACAAAAUUUGCUUCUAGAUCCAAAAUCUAAGUAGUGCUCACAAUUAUAAUGAAUAAACCUUUAAAUUAAAAAUUACGUUACAAAACUCUAAAACUUAAAAUGUCUAUAAAAAGCUCAAAAAUGGCUUAAAUUUUUUUUCCGCGUCUAUAAAAGACAAAUAUAAGUCCUAAUUUCAAGUCUCUACGAAUAUUUUUAAUUGAAUUACAACAAUUAAUAAAUUUGAAAAAAAUAAUAAAAUUAUUUUCGUAAAUCAGAAUCAAAAAACAUAAUUGAAAAUAAUGCAAUCAUUAUUUUCAUAAACUUCUCCGGUUUUGUUCAAUUAUUAAAUAAACUACAGUAAAAAAACGACUUUUUUAUUCACUAACUUGUUCCAAAAUCCAACAAAAAAGAUCUUUUAUCAUUUUUUUUUUUGAGCAAGAUUUGCGGUAAAAAAAGCUGCUCACAGGCAUAAAAAAGAACACAUCAUAGUAAAACCAAUAUAUCCCUCCGCAAAUCCGAAUUCAAAAAAAAUUGUAACGGUGACAAGUCGGCUGAAGGAAAAUUCGAUUCUAUAGUGACUGAACUCUUCUGUUCUGUUUUUUUUUUAUUAUUAUUUUAACAUAAACCAACAUAAUGUUAGAAAAACCUUUUUUUUUAAAUUAAUGUUAUUAUAAAAGAUAUAAAACCGAACAAUAUAUUAAAACACAUGCAUUGUCUAUCGAAUACAUUAUUUGAACUACUUUCGCAUCACCUAAAGAUAAAAAGUAAUUUAUCUACAUAGAUAAAGAUUACAUAUAUUAUAUAUUCAAAUAAAAUAAAUAUUAGUUAGCAACCUAAUAGUAACUAUAAUUUAUGCGUGGCUACCUACUAGAAAUAACACUAAUAAUUUAUAAUUCAUAAUUUCAAUAUAUAAUUUUUAAUUGAACAAGAACACAGGAACACUGUACACAAAUUUUAAACUAAAUUAAAUUUUAUUCUAGAUCACACGAAACACCUAUACCUAUAUAAAUGACAAAUAUAAUGGAUUAUAAGGUUUGAAACAUUAUAUGUUUAAAACAUAAACGAUAACCAUUUACUUAACUCAUUAUUACAUAAUAUCUAUACAUACGGCAGUUAGAAGAUCAUAUGCAAUUAGCUAGACAUGAUCUCAAGAAAAAACAAACUGAAAACUGGGUAAACGUCACAAAUCAAUCAAAACAGUCGUCUCAGUCUGAACUUUAUGAAGCAGAAAAAUAUCAAAUAUUUACGUAUAUCAAUAAUUUCAUUACUAAACUUUCGAUUGAAAAAGAACGUUUGAACAAUUCUAGUAAUUUUAUUUUUUAUUUUAUUUAAAAAAAUUACGCCCUUAAGCACUUUCAUAAAGAUUGCAUUAGAAAAAUUAAACAGAAAUACUGCAUGGUGAAAGUAAUAUAAAAGGGAUAAAAGGGAAUGUUUAUUAAGAGGGGAAGGCAUGCAAUGGAGAGGUAGUUAUAACUAUAGGAAGUAGAGUGAGUUGGAGGAAGGAACUCUGAAUGUAAUUAUCUCAAGCAAGUCAAGUUACGCAAGUCAAGUGCGUGACCCAUUAAUGACUGCAGAAAUAAAAUUUUAAUCCGCUUUAAGGUGACUGGAGCGAUGUGUAAGUUAGUUUAAAACAUGUAUGAGAAGUAAAAUCAUAGUGCGUGUAAGGAAUCUUGAGCCAUAGGCGGCAUGUGCUAAAUUUUUUUUGUAUGCGUUCAAGCCUGAGUUGGUCCUUAGCGAGGAAUGGAUGUUAGACAAAUACGUCAUAUACGAGCAAAGAACGGACCGAAGGAGUGUAAAGACCGAAGACAGCUGGGAGAAGAUAAAAUGAUCCUGUGCUUAAUAAAUUAAGAUGCAAUUUCAAAAUAAAUAUCCAUUACCUAAUGCAAAUGCCUAUUGAGCCCCUUACCACGAAAAACACAUAAUAUUAUUAUGUUAAAGGGGUAAUUAUAGGCAACUGAUAGUGAAAAUUAGCACAAAAUAGAUAACAAUAUUCCUGACAAAUACAAAGAGUUUCCCGUUAACUAUAGAUUUUGCCUUUACAAUUAUAAUACCGACCUAGUACCUAUCUAAAUAUUAUUAUCGUUAAUUAAUAAUACCUGUUUUUUUAAACUAUUUUUCAGAAUUAUUGGAAUCCACUUUAGAAGAAAAUAAAAACAAACUUAGAAAUAAUAUGAAAAUGGCCAAAAGCAUUAUUAAUCAAUUAAUAAAUUUAAUAAACAUAGACAAAUCUUAUUUGUUAUCAACAAGUGAUAUAAUCAAAAAUCAAAACAGUAAAUUGUCUUAAUUAUUCAAUUAUUAACAUAAAUAAUAAAGUAUAAGAUCACUUAUAGUCACUAUAAGGUAUAGUCAGUAUAAUAAUUCACCACACAAGUACUUAAUUAAAAUUGUGUGUUUUUAGUGUAAUUCGGUUUAAGUAAUCAUAGGUCCGUGAAAUUUUCAUAGAACACUUAAAUUAAAAUUAUUUUAUAAAAUUGUUUAGUCGAACAGAAAUUCUAGAAAAUUUAACUCGAGGUUCAUUAUAUGUUGUACUUUGUAAUCAAAAAAAUUUACGUAACGUAGAAGUUCUUUCGGUUUUAGUUUAAAUUUUUAAAUUUUGAUAAAAAUCGUGCAAAUUACAGCAUUUCAUAAUAUGUUUAACUGAACUUUGCUCUGUAGUCAGAAUCGUAUUUUAUCAGCAAUGAUAAUAUACACAUUUAUUGUUAUAAAGUCAUAUAAAUUAAAUAAUUGCACAUACCUAUUUUACCUUCCUAACUUCUCAUCCAUAAAUCUAUAACUGUUGCACACCCAUUAGUAGUGUCACCCUCUUCUUAUGCCUUCGAAUAUUUCCGAUAGAUUGAAAAUUGUAUUAAUAUUUUUGAAUUAUUAUCAUGAGAAGUCACUAAUUAAAAUUAACUUAACAGAAUUAUCAAAUGAUCAAAUAAAAUCUAAAGUAAUUUGGAUGGAAAAAUCAAUAGAAUCUGCUAUUACAAGAUAUAAUGAAAUUGGACGAUUUUUAAAACUCCCAAUAGAAGAUCUAUAUCCAGAAAUCAAAACAAAAAAAGAACCAUUGCAACUAAAUUAUAUUUCUAAACAAAGAAGACAAACAAUUGUAAGUUCAAUUCCAAAUGUUAUUGAAUACGUACGAGUGUAAUAUGAUUUUAAACUAUUUUUGGAUGUUUAAGGAAUGGGAUCAAAAGUUUAAAGAAUCACAACUUAUCAUAACCGACUUAAGAUCACCUAUGGAGAUACUUAUAAAUAGAAUUGUCGAUCACGGUAUCACUCCCACCUACCGGUUCUUGACGAAAAUUAGUAUACCUGAACAACAAUUUAUUUACAACUAUUCGUGUUCAUUGUUUGGAAUGUAUGGUUAGUAAAAACAAACUAUCUUUAGGUAACUAUGGUUUUAAUAAUUGUGUACGUACAUUUUAAAGUUGAGGGAAGUAGUACAAGCAAGUCUAAAGCCAAAGAAAACACAGCUAUUGAAAUGUUAAAUGCAAUUCUUAAAAAACAGAAAACUCGAUCCCUAUCAACUCAUAUUCGACCUUUUAACGAAAAAGAGUAAAUAAUUUAUAAACAUUACGUACUUACACUAAUAAGUAAAUAAGACAUUAAUUCGGACCUCUGAAUAUAGACAGAAAUUCAUCGGCCAAUUAAUCAAGUCCAAAGCAAACUAUGUAAAUGUACUGGAAAGUUUAUGUAUCAAAAACAUGUAUCCACCACCAGUAUACACACUUCUAUCUGGGAAAUACAAUGAUCUUAAAUUAGAAAAUCAUUAUUCAAUUCAAUGUGAUGCAAUGGAUUGUGUAGCCAUAGGUAAUUAUUAUUUAUACCUAAAUAUUAAUUUAAAUUAAAUAAUAAUUUUUCUACAGGACACAGUAAUAGAAAAUCAACCGCCAAACAAAUAUCAGCACAAAACAUAAUAAACCUAUGGGAAAAAAAUAUGUAUUCCAACAAUAAAUCAUCCAACCAAAGUGAACUACUAAAAAAAUAA